AUGAUUCAUGACGAGCGCGACGGCGACGACGACGACGACGACGACGACGACGACGACGGCGAUGAGGAAAAGGACAAAGAAGCAGCCAUGACGUUGCUCGACCUGGACGCUCGCCAUCACCACCCUCCCGUACCCGAUCUACCUCAGCUGAUCAUGGACAUGCGUAAGAAGAGCAUCAGGUUCAGACGUGCUCAAUGUCUAUCCCACCCAACCAGGUUCCUCCCCCUGCCUAUCGACUUGCAGUGCAGUUAUUGCAAGCUGAAACAUCCUGGCGAAUGUUACGUCGACUUGAUGCUUCUCUCCAGUCGCAACGUCCCCCCUCAACCACAUCGUUCUCUCCCUGUCCACUCGACCGACUUGCCGCCUUCGUUCCCACCCCACGGCUCCCCCUCGGAACACCGACGAGUCGAUCUGGGAAAGCCACGCGGGUCCGUCGCCUGCGUCUUCUGCUGGGGGGGGAAACGCAAGUGCAGUCACUUGGAUCAUGACAAGGAGGAAUGGAUCGAGAUUGUGGGGGAGGUCUGGCGGGACAGAUUGAGGGGACGAGUGGUGUGUGAGCUUGCUCCUGCGCAUCCCGCUUCUGCUUCUGUUCCUCCUCUGCCUCCUGCUCCUGCUCCUCCUCCGCCUGCACCUCUUUUUCCGCCUCCUGAUCCUCCUGCUCAUCCUGCUCAUGCUCCUCCCGCUUCUCCUCCUCCUGCUUCUCCGCCUGCUCCUCCUCCCGCACCCGCCCUCGCCUCUACAUCCCCCAGCACUCGGUCUCCCACCGUACCAAGUCAUGAGCAUGAACAUUUACCCUACCACCUGAAUGCCAUAUCCGUUCCCAAUCCUCUCGAUCCUUGCCAUCCCACCACGCCCGACCCGUGCUCCCCACCGCACACGGUCAACGUCAACCUCAAACGGAAACGCAAACGUUCACUUUCGUCGUCAGCCUGUCAUCCCAUCCCACCGACACCCCACCUGGACAAAUCUGGCGACAUCUUGCUCCGAAAACCGGAUUGGUUCCCUCCCAAACCUGCCGAGAGGGGGUUGAUUCCGCCCUUGGUGCCCCCUGUUCCAGAAUAG